AUGGCACUCAUGGCAGCCACAGAGGAGACCUCGGAGGAGCCUUCGGGGGCCUUCGGAGGGGACCUCGGAGGACACCGUGGAGUAGACAGCGGAGGCGGCCACGGAGAAGACUACGGAGAAGACCAUGUAGUAAACAGCGGAGAAGACAGCGAAGGCGGCCAUGGAGGAGACCCCGGAGGAGACCACGGAGAAGACCACGGAGAAGACCACGGAGUAGACAGCGGAGGAGAUGGCGGAGCAGACCUCGCAGAAGACCGUAGAGGACACAGCGGAAACGAGGGGCGUCUGGAGGAUCAUGCCGAGAGCCGUGGAGUAGAGCCCUGCCGUGGCAACGGCCCUCUCGACUACGCACAGGAGUUACUACUGAGGAAUGGGCCCUUGAAAUAG